AUGAAAUUCAUCAGACCGCCAUGGCUCACACAUAGUGGGGAGAAGAAAGACUUCGAGGUCUACAGCUGCAAUGUUUCGCCGGAUGGCUCGAGACUGGUCACAGCAGCUGGAGAUGGCUAUGUACGGAUAUGGUCGACAGAAGCAAUCUACAAUGCUGGCGACCCCACCUACACCAAACCCAAGCAAUUGGCUUCCAUGAGCUAUCAUUCAGGGACCAUCCACACAGCUCGCUUCUCCUCCAACGGACAAUAUCUAGCCUCUGGUGCAGAUGACAAGCUUGUGGUAGUAUACCGUUUUGACCCUCAUGGCAAACCGCAAGAGGCAGGAUUCGGCAGUGACGAUGCACCUCAAGUCGAAUCAUGGCGAGUCUUUCGACGAUUGAUAGGGCACGACAAUGACGUUCAAGAUUUGGGAUGGUCCUUCGACUCCUCGAUCAUGGUCUCUGUCGGGCUGGAUUCAAAGGUGGUGGUUUGGUCAGGCUAUACAUUCGAAAAGCUCAAGACACUUGCUGCACAUCAAAGUCAAGUGAAAGGUGUCACAUUUGACCCUGCCAACAAGUAUUUUGCUACGGCUAGUGACGACCGGACGAUCAAGAUAUGGCGCUUCAACCCGCCAACACCGAAUUCUACCGCUCAUGACCAGCACAACAACUUCAUGCUUGAGAAGACCAUCCUGUCGCCAUUUGUGCUUUCUCCUCUUACGACUUACUUUCGGCGACCUGCAUGGUCACCCGACGGUGCACAUGUUGCGGCUGCUAAUUCUGUCAACGGGCCCGUGAGCACUGUGUGUAUCAUCAACAGAGGUCCGUGGGACGGAGAGAUACACUUGGUUGGACAUGAAGGGCCAACGGAGAUCUGCGCCUUCUCUCCAAGACUCUUCACCAAAUCACCUACAGACACCGCUAGCCCACACACUGUUGUAGCUUGCAGUGGCCAGGACAAGGCGUUGAGCAUUUGGGUGACUGCAAAAACAAGGCCCCUGACGAUAGUGCAAGACGUCGCUGGAAAAUCUGUGGUAGACCUAGCAUGGACGCCUGAUGGAAGGACUUUAUUUGCUGCGAGUCUUGAUGGUACCAUAACGGCAGUUAUAUUUGAGCCAGAUGAGAUUGGGUAUGAGAUGAAAGUGGAACAAAACGAGGAAGCUCUUGCAAAGUACGGAGCAGGUAGGCGAGGCGCUGGAAUCCUUGAAGGCCCAGAAGGUCUGCUCUUGGAGGAAAAGAGCAAGGAGGGCGAGAUGCGAGGUGUUGAAGGACGCAUGGGGGCUUUAAUGGGCGAUGCUGCUCUGGGAAGUAACUCCAGCACUCUGAAUGGAUUUCCCUCAAACCUUACGACGAAUGGAGUGAAAGAUUCGCAAGAGACUAAUGCCAACACGAGCCAGACUUCAGUCCAGGUCACUCAAAGUGACAAGCCAAAAGAGGACCCAACUGCCGCAAAGCUAGAGCAAUUGAAGAACCGUGUAACAAUUACCAAAGACGGAAAGAAACGCAUCGCACCGUUGUUAGUAUCUUCGGCCGGAAGUAACGAGUCGUCCCUUCCUCAGACUCGAUUGAUGAGCACUUCAGGGACUCAGGCAGCAACGUCCGAUCAGCCACAAACGAUCCUUGAUCUCUCCAAGCCUGUUGACGGCUUGCCCCAGGGAGGCUUGGCAGCCCUUCUAUUGGGAAAUAAACGGAAAUUUGCACCAAUGGAAGGCGUUGAGGAUGAUCACAUUGAUAAGAAGCUGGCUACGGCACGAAAAGAUGGAGCUGUUCCAAUCGUCACUAAUACAGCCACUGGACUUGUGCCCGCAAAAGCGCAGGCAGCUCCAGCCGGCCCACAAGCAACUCCAGACUUCAUUCGUCCUGCGGUGACAAAUCCUAGUCUGACCGUCAGUCAAGUCCGACUUGCAGUCCCCAAGGUUCGCACACACAUUGUUCGUUCAUUGGGAAAAGAGCAGGCUGCCGAUGUAGAUGAUGUCGAAGGUUCGAGUCGUGGUCAGUCCCAGAAUCUUGUAUUUGAGGCCAGAAACGCCACACAGCAGCCAGCUCCAAAUCGGGAUCAGGAACCUUGUCGUAUCACAGUCACAAGACGGGGCCAGCCCAUAUUCCAGGACUUUCUUCCACGCAGCACGUUGCUAGUAACAGGAAAUAACAAUUACUGGGCUGCUGCAUGCGAAGACGGCUCUAUAUACGCCUGGACCCCAUCAGGCCGACGUAUCUUUAAUGCUUUGGUUCUUGAGAGCCAACCUGUCAUUUUCGAUUGCCAGAAUCAGUAUCUGCUGUGCCUUACUGCGGUUGGAAUGUGCUAUGUUUGGGACAUGAACACGCUAACAUCUCCACAUCCUCCGGUCUCCCUGGCCCCAAUCCUCGACAUCGCGAUUCACAGUCUCCAAGACCAUGUCACUAGAGCUCCCGCUGUGACGGGCGCAAGACUCAACUCAGAGGGUCGCAUUAUCAUUACGCUCACCAAUGGAGAAGGAUUUGCAUACAAUCCGAACAUGUUCGUCUGGCAGCGACUGUCGGAGCUCUGGUGGCUUGUGGGAAGCCAGUACUGGAACACGACAGACAGCUCUGUCGGCAACCUCCAGUCCACAUCGGCGGUGGGUGAAGACUCCAAAAUUUCGGCUGGCGUGAUCCCAUUCUUAGAGCGCAGUACCACGCAAGCGACCCUCGCAAGAGGCAGAGCCAGAAUGCUGCAAAACAUUGUGAGUGUCUUGUUGUCCAAGGAGGGCUUCGAGGGGUUUGAGUCAACUGUCUCGAUAGCACACCUGGAGAACAGAAUCGCUGCUGCUAUGAUGCUUGGGGCUAAGGCGGAUUUCCAAGUCUAUUUGUACAUGUACGCUAAGCGGAUCGGAGCUGAAGGACUCAGAGGCAAAGUUGAGGAGCUGCUACGUAUCCUGAUGGGCGACGUCUACGAGGAUGAGGAGGUGACCGAUACUGAUGGGGCCACAAAACAGAUAGGUGGAGACAGGCACUGGGAAAACAAAUCGGCCAAUCUAUGUGGAUGGCCACGGCAGCAGCUCCUUCGCGAGGUCGUAUUGAUACUGGGGAAAAACCGCGAUCUACAAAGAAUCACGGUACCUUAUGCGAAGGUUCUGGGCAUUACUGAGGAGCAUGUAAAGGCGAGUGAGGAUGCGAUGGUCUCAUGA